AUCAUCAAAGUUCCACUAAUGGAAGAAAUACCCUUAUAUGAAAUUUGAGUUGAAAAAUUGAGGUAAGCAUUUUCACUCUUUCACUCUAACUUAAAAACAAGUCUGUGGGAACAUGGAGAGCCAUAUAUUCACAUCAGCAAAAAGAAGAGGAAAUGAGUUUAGUGGCCGGGUUCCAUGUAGAACAGUUUAAGAAAUCCUAUAAAAAGGAAACAUGGAAUGGAUCAAGAACUGACAUGUUAAGACUGUAAAGGCAGGAAAGCCAAAGAAAGAGAAAUACUGGGAGUCUAAUUUUAGAGAAAAACAAAAGACUACAAAGAGACAACACAAAGUGUGAGGUACGUUGCCCACAUGUACUGGUAAAUAGACAGCUUAGAAGUUUGGCGGAUUUAGUGCAGAAAAAGAUCUGAUCCAAAGAUGAGGAUUCGUGUUAUGCAGAUCUGGGGCUUUCUGUUGACUGUGCUGGGCUGGAUCUUUGUCGCUUGCUCCAUGGCCAUGGAGGGCUGGAAGGUCACUUCUAUCGGUGGGCAAGGGGGGAGUGCCAUCAUCAAAGUGGCCUGGUACUGGUCCAGUCUGUGGAGAGCCUGCCUCACAGACUCCGCUACCACAUCCAACUGCUACAACUUCCCAGUGCUCUGGUCUGUGGAAGGUUACCUCCAGAUUGUACGGGGUUUGCUGAUGUCCGGGAUGGCUGUCGGAAUGCUGGGGAUCAUCCUGAGUCUUGUUGGAAUGGAAUGCACUUACAUCGGAGGCAAAGACAAAGAGAAACACCGAUCUGUGUUCAUCGGAGGCUUCUGUCAUGUCAUAAGUGGUAUGCUGGCUUCCUCUGGUUAUGCAGUAUAUGCUCAUUACGUCUCUGCAGAGUUCUUCAACCCCACAUUUGAUGGAUUGCAAUUUGACUUGGGAACUCCAUUGUUCCUUGGAUGGUCAGGAUGUGCUUUUCAGAUUACUGGUGGAUUUUUCUUCCUAGUUUCAGUUUGCAAGACCUGGACUCCGGUGUACAGCAGUGCACCAAUUCUCAUUGUUCCUGCCGAGGAGGGCAAAGCCUUACAUUCAUCCCACACAAAUAUUUCCACUGUCUCUGAACUUUGCUCAAAGUCUAAAGUAUCAACAAUAUCGGAGCUCUCUUCAAAGUCUGAACUAUCAGCUGUGUCAAAUGCUCCAACUAAGAACAGACAUAUCUUUAGAACUGGACGUUCCUCAAGAUUCAGACGCUCUGACAAAUCAAGAAGCUCUGUGAAAUCAGAAGUGUCUCGAUUGGUGCGCUCUUCAUGGUCCUCAAGGUUGAGCAGAUCAGAUGUAAACAGCAGGAAAGUAUCUUCUGGAGUCACUACACAUCACUUCAUCAAGAAUUCCUACCUCUGAGAUAUCUAAUAUGGACCACUGGAUCUGGAAACACAGAGUGAUUCCAUGAAAUUAACAAAAACAAUGAUGUUGGGGAUAAGCAGAACUCCCCCUAGUGGACAAAAACAGUGUGCUGGAUUCAUGCUUAGAAAUUAGCUUGCUAUUUUGAUGUUUGGGUGGCACUGUGCAUUCAAUCCAUCUUAUUUGAAAAUUGUUUUUCUGAAGCAAUUAUGACAUUGCUUCAGAGCCUUGCUAAGGGACAGAAAGGUUAUAACAGUGGUCCUCAACUGGUAGGAUCAGAUCCCAAAUAGCAUACGUACAUCUCCGAUAUGUCUGUUUUAGAUCUUUUCAUCUGGAAAGCAUCACAAUCUAAUUAACAUAUUAAAAAGAUCAGAUUUACAAACAUUCUAAAUCAUAAACGUCUUAAAGAUAUCUGUUGAAAGGUCUUACUGACAUCCGAGACAAACUAAUUGACAUGCGUCAUAUAGACGUAUUGCAGAUGAGCAAACAAUGUUACAAAAAAACAUUUUCCAGAUGUAAACAUACACAUCAAAUAGAUUUCUGGGUGAUAUACAGUACGUGUGCUAUCAGGGAUGCUAAAUGCUACCAAUAAAAUAACUAUAUGAUCAUGCAGCAAAAUAAACAUGCUUUCCAACUUUUAAAAAGGAGGACAAAAGCUUCAUAUGUCUUUUGAUGUUGAUGUCAUCGCUAAAAACGCUAAAACUACUGAUUGUAAUAUUUUACAUUUAUUGCAAAAUAUUCCGACAUGUACAAAUAUAUAAGUAGUUUAAGGGUGAAGGGAAACCGAAUCGAUUAGGUCAUUCACAGUGCGUCAUGGAAGUGGGUGGUCGCUCCGAGACACGUUUUGCUGGUUUCGUUGGCCACAGUUCUCUGAUUAGUGGAUCUUUCUCUGCUGUACCAUGGGUAAUGUAGUUGUUUUCCAUGAAUUCCACUAUCAAACUCGAUUUUUAAAUAAUGAAGUUAAAAUAACGCAGACCGAUGGCUUCAACGGAAGCAUAUACCAUCGAUGAACAACCUCGGAGCUCAAGGUAUGUCUGUCUUUAAAAGUUGAUAAGUUAUUGUUGAAAAUCAAUUUGUCUAUGAGAUAAAUGAAUGGGAUUUUUACUUCUAUUUUCAAACAGCUUUUUGAAUAUGCCCUCUGUCUGUCGUUGGUCAAACAAAGGGACAGUCCCGCCUCAAACUCACGCCAUUGAUUGAGUAACGUUGUUGAGGCGGGUCUAAGCGGGUCACUCAAAACAAACAGAGCAAUUUUCAUAGUGCCACAGGAGCACAGUGCUUACAGUUUUUUGAGAAAAUGUAUCUAAGAGUGGCUUAAUUAUAGUUGUCUCUGCUUAUUAAACUGGGUUAGGAGAAAGUAUUUAACACAGAAAAAGUAACAUACUUCAGUUUUAACUUGGUAAUAUGGCUAAUCUUUAUACAUUUGGAAUUUGUUCUAUGUGUUAGACUGGUAACACAUUAAUAAGUCGGUUUUCCUAUUCAGCUUAUGUCAUGUUAAUAAUUUUGCAUAUUGUUAUGCCUAAACCAUUCAUGGCAAUAUUACUGUAAUACAUUUCAAUGUUUGAUUUUAAGGAUAUUUUAUUUAAUUUUGUACAAUAAGCCAAUCUGGUAUUAUGUUGGAUCAUCAUUGUUGUCAAAUAUAUAUAAUGCCCUUUGUUUAACUUGAACUUGUAUGGAAAAUGUCAAAUAGAAUUCCCAGGGACUGAUCACCAUUAAUGUAAAUGUACUUUACCCAUAAUCAUAAAUGUAAAUGUACCAAUGUUAUAUUAUGGGGUAUCAAAGACUGGUUUAAAAUGUGGAACAACAGUUCAGCUUUAGUGGUCAACCGUGGACUUUGAGAGUCUGGCCUUGACAUUGAAGAAUAUUUUUUGCAUGAUUUUACACUGAUUUGUGUGGUUGAUUUAAUGAAGUAAUAAAAGAUGACCA